AUGGUGCUGCGCGGUGUCCUGAGUGGGCCGGGCCUCACCGCCUCCUCCUUGGGCUCGCGGGCGGAUCGGGACACUCGUCCUGCGGGUGUCGGCGUCGCCGCCGCCGCGUCUCUUUCUUCUGGGUGCCACUGGUUGGCCUAUGCCCCCCAUCCAGCCCCGGGAGCGGCGGCGGCGACAACGGCAGCAGGUGAACGGUGUGCCAAAGACGCCUGCGCGGCCUACGUGGAGCUCGCCCAGGGAGCUCUACGGAGCGCGGGAGGGGCCAACCACGAAGUUGCCCUGGCACAUGCGCGCUCGGGGUGUCGCUCCCGAACGCAGCAGCGGCGAGUAAUACGCCGCGUUACGCGCUGCCCCAAUUCACUGCGUACAGAGAUAGAUACCUUCCGAGCUGGGGCGAGGGCUGCUCUGAGCACUGCAGUGACGCACACCCAAACUUUGGCGCUGCGGAGUCCCGCGGGGAGGCACACUUGGGCCAUCUGUGGACCCCUAUAUCCAUCUCAGCAACUGCCUCUGUGCCCCAACCACCAACUAGUACAACUCAGCAGCAGGUCCAACCCAGACCGGUUAUGCAUGCAGCUGGAAGAAGUUGUCCCCAACCUGUCAGAUGAAGAGGUUUCUGUUGGACAACUCCUCUGA